GCUACUCUGGUUUGUUAGUAACGUUCAUCAUCGACUCCAUCAGUCCAUGUCCAUCAUAAAUCAAAUAAAUCAUAUAAAUGUCUAGAUCUAGUCCCUUGUUACAUGUAAUGUAGUUCUAGAUCAUCUACAUCCUAAAAAUCGAUUUGAUGAAGGUAUUAUACGAUUAAAAUAUUUAAAAAGAAUAACUAAAAGUAUUUGAAACUUUAUGUUUUGUAACAUCUCAUGGACCAGGGCUAGCAUGAAAAAAUCGCCAGAACCACACAGCAAACUAUAGAAGGAUAUGUGUACACACUAUAAGACCAAUACACUGUGAUGGCUGGUAUGGAACACAACUUCACUCUUGAUCUCAACUAUGAAAUGAAACAAGAGGAAGAAGAAAUUGAUGAAACAGAUUUCACUAAAUUUCCUUGUGAAAUACAAGAAAAAGUGUCAAAAAUAAACAUUGAGAAGACUGAAUUGGAGGAAGUGGCUUUAAGGACACAGUCAUCCGAAAACCAUGUUCAAUUUUCCCAAGAUAACAUGAUGCAAGACUUAGACAUUACAGAAGGUAAUAAACCAAUGUACUCAAGUCUACUGGAUUCAUCAGAAAUGUCAAACAGCAGUCUGCAUCCUGUACCAGUCAUUGGACCAAGUUUAAAAUCAGAAGUACCUGUGAGUGAUGUUCAAGAAAUUAAGCAAAGAAAGAAAAGAAAAAAACAUAUGCAGUCCAAAAAUAUUAAAACAAAAUUUUGUAGAUCUUCCUAUUUGAAAGAUAAAAUGGAGGUUGAAAAGCCAUUUAGGUGUCUAAUUUGUCAAAAAACAUUCACUUUGUAUUCCAAUUUAAAUGAACAUAUGCUAUUUCAUGUUGUUCAAAAACCAUUUAAAUGUGACAUGUGCCAAAAACAUUUUUCCAGUUUUUCAUAUAUCCAAAAACAUAUUUUUGCUCAUACUGGUAUAAAACCAUUUAAGUGUCAAAUAUGUCCGAAAGCAUUUUCUGGCCCUUCAAUAUUAAAAGUACACCAAUUAUCUCAUUCAGAUGAAAGACCCUAUAAAUGUCCAAUAUGCCAGAAAGGUUUUAAAAGCUUGUCUAAGUUAAAAACACACCAAUUUAUUCAUACUGAGGAAAAGCUAUUUAAAUGUCAAAUAUGUGAACGAGAAUUUUCUAGCCCUAGGUAUUUAAAAAAACACCUAUCAAUUCAUGCUAGUGGAAAACCAUUUAAAUGUGAAAUAUGUCUCAAAGAAUUUUCAGGGUUUUCAUUAUUAAAAGUACACCAACUAUCUCAUUCAGACGAAAGACCAUUUAAAUGUCCAAUAUGUCAGAAAGGUUUUAAAAGCUUGUCCAAGUUAAAAUUACACCAAUUAGUUCAUACAGAAGAAAAGCCAUUUCAAUGUCAAAUAUGUGAAAGAAAAUUUUCUAGUCAUAGAUAUUUAAAAAAACACCUAUCAGUUCAUACUGGUGAAAAAACAUUUAAAUGUCACGUGUGUCUUAAAAAUUUUAGUCGCUUGUCAAAUUUAAAAUCACACCAAUUUAUUCACACAGGUGAAAAGCAUUUCAGUUGCCAAAUAUGUCACCAAGAAUUUGCUAAAUCUUCAUGUUUACAAAUUCACAAAUUAGUUCAUACAGGUAAACAACCAUUUAAAUGUCAAAUAUGUCAAAAAGAAUUUUAUUCACAUUCAAAGUUAAAAAUGCACCUUGCAGUUCAUACUGGUGAAAAACCAUUUAAAUGUCAAAUAUGUCUGAAAGAUUUUACACUAUUGUCAAAUUUAAAAAGACACCAGUUAAUUCAUACAGGUGAAAAGCCAUUUAGUUGUAAAAUAUGUCACCAAAAAUUUUCUUCCUAUCCAUGUUUAAGAAUGCACAAAUUUGUUCAUACAGGUGAAAAACCAUUUCAAUGUCAGAUAUGUCUAAAAGAAUUUCCUUCACCAUCAAAUUUAAAACUCCACCAUAUUGUUCAUACUGGUGAAAAACCAUUUAAAUGUCAAAUAUGUCUGAAAGAUUUUUCAUUAUUGUCAAAUUUAAAAAAACACCAGUUACGUCAUACAGAAAAAAAGUCAUUUAAAUGUAAAGUAUGUCUCAAAGAAUUUAGCACCUCAUCAAAUUUAAAUACGCAUCAGAUAUGUCACACAGGUGAAAAACCAUUCAGAUGUCAAAUAUGUCAAAAAGAAUUCUCUAGCUCUUCAGGGUUAAAAAGACACCAUUUAAUUCACACAGAUGACAAAAAAUGUAUAUGUGAAAUUUGUCAAAAAGAAUUCUCUAGCUCUUCUAGUUUAAAAAGACACCAAUUAAUUCAUACAGGUGACAAGCCAUUUAUAUGUGAAAUUUGUCAAAAAGGUUUUAGGAACUCUUUUAAUCUAAAACAACACUUGUUAUCUCAUACUGAAAAAAAGUCAUUUAAAUGUCAAAUAUGUCAAAAAGAUUUUGCUUUUGCUGAUAAUUUAAAAUAUCACAUGCUGACACAUACAAGUGAAAAUCCAUUGAAAUGUCAAAUUUUACCUGAAAUAUUUUCAGAGUUUAGGAUCUCAAAAGAACAUCAAUUUGAAAAGCCUUUUAAGUGUCAAAUAUGUUCAGAAAGUUUUGCUUUCUCUUCAGAGUUAAAAACACACCAGUUAAUUCAUGCUGAAGAAAAGCCAUCCAUAAGUCUAUCAUGUGCCAAAGAAUGUACUCAUUCUUCUAAUUUAAAAAGACACCAAUUAGUUAAUACUAGUGAAAGACCAUUCAAAUGUCGAAUAUGUCAAAAAGGUUUUUGUUUUGCUUCAAAUUUAAAGAAGCACAUGAUGGUACAUGCUAGUCAAAAGCCAUUCAAAUGUCAGAUUUGUCACAAAAUUUUUUCUAAUUCUUUAUAUUUAAAAAUGCACCAGGUAGUUCAUUCUCCUGAAAAUCCAAUUUAAAGUCAAAUAUGUUAUAAAGGUGAUUUUCAUACAAGUGAAAGGCAAUUCAAAUGUCCAAUAUGUCAAAAAAGAUAUGCUUUAUCUUCAGAUUUAAAAAUACACCAGUUUGUUCAUGCAACAUAUGCAUCCUAAAGUUGUCCAACAUGAGCUGUAUCAAUGCCACAGUAAAAAGGUCCCAAUUUCUAUGGGCGGGACAUGUAGUCCGCAUGCCAGACAAUCGUCUUCCCAAAUGACUUUGUAUGGGGAGCUGUGUGCAGGAAAGUGCUCCCAGGGAGGUCAAUACAAGUGCUGUAAAGACACCCUUAAGAGCUCCUUCAGUGAAUGUGAUAAUGACAUUCACGGCUGGGAAGCACUAGGACUAGCUCUCUAUCGCUCUUCAUGGCAUGAAGCUGAGUGUCGGAGUCAUGAGAUAUGAAGCAACAAGAGUGGCCAGCAUGAAAGACCAAUGAACCAACAAAAAGCUGAUAGAAGAAGCAGGCCUACCUGUGACUGAAAUACCUAACUAUGACACGCAUGCGGCCAGCUUUUUAAAGCGAGGAUUGAACCACAGUCAUCUUUGAGUUCAUAGGAUAUGUGAAAUGUGCUCAUCUUUGAUCAUGAAGGUGGAAUCAUAGAGACAGUAAAAAUACAAAUAAUCCAAGGAAUAAGUCUCAUGACACCAUCACAGAACGGUCAAAAGACUAAUUAGGCAAGGCUAUUAUCCUGUCACAUACAAGUUGGUUCAAAAAAUGUGUUAAGAUUCCUCUGAUUUCUCAAAAGAGACAAUGACAAAAGUGCUCAUGAUUUAAACAUUUUUUGUAGACACACCUGCAAUCACAUUCAAUGUAUCAGCUGUGAAGCUAUUUUAUUAGACCUUCAGUUUUCCCUCUCAGUCCAAAUCAAGAUGUGAUCAAUAUUUGUAGGACAGUGAAAGGUUUUGAUUCAAUUUAUUACAGACUGGUGGGUCAGAAAGUGGAAUUGAAGGGUUUUCAGAGAUGUUCUAACUUUCACUUAGGCAAGCAGCUGUGGAGAGAGGUUUCUCUACCAACAAGGAAUGCUCUGCCUCUAGCUUGUCAAAUGAACUGCAUGGACCUAAGGGAAUUCUUAGACAACUUAGAAUAUAUUAAUGUUUGGACAUAAAAGAGCUAUGUGAAGCAACAAGCAAGACUGAGGUAUUCAAAUGACUUGGAAAAAAACAAAAAACUACUGAAACUAGAUGAUGCACUGGAAGUAGAUUGUUUGUCUUUUUUUGUUUGUUUUGUAGCUGAUGAAUGCCUCAUGGUCCAAACUUCCUUUGUUUUAAUUGGUCCCGCAGAGUCACAUGAUUUUUUAUUGUAUUCUCUGCCAUGUAAAAGGCGGAAAUAAAAAUGUAAUACUCUGGUUCAAGGGUAAUGCCAUUACAAGAAAGAACUUUGGUGUCAAUUAUUUAAGAAAAAGAUUUCAAGUUUAAAAAUUUGUAAAAUUAAACAUUUGUAAUGUAAUUUUUUUUGUACAUAAAACAAUGUAAAAAAAUAUAUAUAGUAUAAAUAUAUACUGGAUAGAAUCUAGAAUUUUAUUGUAGUUAAUUUAUGUUUUGUAAAUGUAGAGUGUCUGCUUUUAAAGUUGUUCUAUUUAUAAACCUCAGUAAAUGAUUUUUUUUUUAGUUUUUGAGCCUGGAGUGUGCCAACCUUGAGAAUUACUUAACUAGAAACUAUUUGAUCAACUAACUUUUAAUAUAUAUCUGUUGUCAAUUCUUAUUUUUUAAUUGCAUCCUAAUCACUUGUCAAGUGUCACUACUAAAAAUGAACACAACAAACAAACCCACAAUUUACAUGCUAAUAUUUCCUAAUCACACUAUAAAUGUCAAACUACUGGUACCUUAAAAGUUUAUAAAGAUUUAGAUGCUAAAAAAAAGAAUAUGGAAUAAAAUGUAAACUUAAAAUGCAACAUUUGAUUUUGAAAAAAAUACAUAAUGUAAAUACAAAUAAUAAAUGAACCUGUAAUGAAAUAAAAAAAAA